AUGGCAAAGUUGAGACAUGCCAAAAUAUUCACAAAACUUGACCUCCGAUGGGGCUACAACAACGUCAGAAUCAAAGAAGGGGAUGAAUGGAAGACGGCGUUCAGGACUAAAUACGGGCUGUUUGAAUAUCUAGUAAUGCCUUUUGGUCUUACCAAUGCCCCCGCCGCCUUCCAACAUUUCAUGAACAACUUGUUCAGGGAUCUCAUUGAUGUAACCGUGGUCAUCUACUUGGACGACAUCCUGAUCUUCUCAGAAAAUCCAGAAGAACACCCUAGUCAUGUCAGGGAAGUCUUGUCAAGACUCAUGAAGAAUCAGCUAUUCUGUAAACUGUCAAAAUGCCAUUUCCACGUCACCACAGUGGAUUACCUGGGAAUCGUCAUCUCCCCUUCUGGAUUCUCCAUGGAUCAAAAGAAGAUUGAGGCAGUCACGUCAUGGCCCACUCCCAGAACGGUGAAACAGGUUCAGGCCUUCUUAGGUUUUGUUAACUACCUCCGCCGGUUUAUCCCCAACUUCAGUUUGGUCGCACGCCCCCUUCACAACCUCACAAAAAAGGAAACCCCAUGGUCCUGGGGGACCCAAGAAGAGGAGGCCUUCCAAGAACUGAAAUCCCUGGUCACAAAGUCCCCGGUCCUGAUUCAUUCUAACCCGGAGCUCCCGUACUUCCUAGAAACAGACGCAUCCGGGGUAGCUAUGGGGGCAAUUCUUAGUCAGCAAGGUUCAGAUAACAGAUUGCACCCAAUUGCCUAUAUGUCAAAAUCGUUCUCAGGGGCAGAGGCUAAUUAUGACACUCACAACAAGGAGCUCCUGGCAAUCAUCAAGGCAUUGGAAGAAUGGCGCAUAUUCCUGGAGGCAACGGACAAACCUAUUCAGGUCUUCACGGAUCACAGGAACCUGGAAUACUGGAUGCAGGCCCGGACUUUCAACCGAAGACAUGCACGAUGGCAAAUUUUCUUGAGCGAUUUUAAUUUUGAAAUCCACUAUCGCCCAGGAAAACAGUCAGGAAAGCCAGAUGCUUUAUCCAGGCGAUCAGAUUAUGUGGACACACCUUCAGAACCGGAAGUCAUGCUACCAGCAGAAGUCUUUGCCAAUACUUUGGAAGAGGAGCUGGAAAUAGUCACAGAAGUACGCUCCAAAUUAAGGGAAGACCCCUCCCUUGAGCCAAUCAUCCAGUUCUUGACAGAAGAUGCGGAUAAUGCACCCCCUUCAAUCCGAAAAGCCUAUCGAGAUUAUGACUGGGAAGAAGACCUCCUUUGGUACCGCGGAAAAUUGGUAGUCCCACACUCAGAGCCUCUCAAGGAAUGA